GUGCAUAAAUACCAAGUCUAUUGAUAGUAAGAUUAGUCUUAACAAAGCGACUGUAGACCAGAGGUCGUCACUAUAGAGACGACCAAGCACUGAAAAGGUCCUACUGAAAAUCAAAUACACACACACUGGGAAGGUAAAAGAAAAAGUUGGUGAAUUUCUCCUAAAGUAUCAUCAUGAGUGAUCACGAAGAACAGAAUGCUGUAAAUGAAGAGCAGAACAACAAGGAGGAACAACAGGAAAACAAUAAAGAGGAUAGUGGUAGCAAAAAGUCCACGCCACGGGGCAAAAACAAAACAAACAAGGAAGACAAGAGUGAAGAUGGAAAAGACAAGAGGAAGGAGUAUUUCAAAGAGGAACUCAGGCGCUUACAAGAGAGUCUUGAAAGAGAAGCAGAGAAGAUUGUUCCACCUGAAGAAAAGGAGUACACUCCUUACAUAUUCAACACCCUUGAGCCAUACUAUAACACAAAAACAGCAAAGUUCAUUGUUGAGCUGCCUGAAGGUCAACGUCACGACUAUGCUAUGAGGGAGACAUCUAUUGGUUUGUGUGACCCAUGGGAAGACCUUAAGAUGGACAAAACUGUUGGAGAACACAUAGAACCAAAACCUUUCCGAAAGGAUGAAAAAUCACCUCGAGACAAUAAGGAACGUCCACCAAAAGAGGGCAGCACCAGGCUUCCUAAAUACCCUGCUGUAGCAAUGGAUACAAAAGAAAUAAGUAACAAGAAAUUAAACUAUGCCGAUGUCCCUGAAAUAAGGGAAGAAAUCAAGGUAAAGUUUGGAAGAAAUGCAGACCAGAAAGUAAAUGCUGAUUAUACCAGGACAAAACAGGACUUUUUCCGUAUGGAACUUGACAAAAUGGAGGAAGUUGCACCUUCAAGUCGACCAAAUAUGCGUAAAGCUUACUUUGCUUAUCUCCAAAACACUCCAGGAUCUAAGAAAGCUAUACACGAGUGUAUGAAAGAAUUGGAUACUAAAGACGAUGAAAAUGAGGACAAUAAAAGUGAAAAGAAUUCUGCUCCAAAUAGUGCAAGAUCAAAGAAAUCAUCAACUGAUUCAGCUCGGGGAAGUAAAUCAGAUAAAAAAUCAGCACCCAAUUCAGCACGUUCAAAUAAAUCAGAGCAAAGUCAGAAGGCAUAAUUAUUAUAGUAUACAAUGAUAUGGAGGACAUUCAUACAGUAUUUUGCAACUAUAUCUUUAUCAUAUCAUAAUGAUGCAAACAGGGCAAAAUUCAGUACAUUAGGUAUAGAGAAUAUUAAACUGUUAAACAAGUUGAUUAUAAAAACAACAUUCAAUAUGUGAAGACAGGUAUACCAUAAUGAGUGGUUGUGACAGGGCAACCUUUAG